AUGGUUACAUUUACAUCUUCAUCAUAUAUCGCUUUUUCUAAUGUUACAUUUAACAUUAAUACAACAACAGCAAUAACAACAUCAACAAUGCCGGUUUGGAUUCGAAUAGUAACUUUAACAUGUAUGAUAUUAAUCGAUAUAAGUGCAUUUCUUGGUAAUUUACUUGUAAUAUGUGCUUUUUGUCGUACACGUCGUUUACAAACAGUGACAAAUUAUUUUAUAGCAUCAUUAGCUUUUGCUGAUGCUUUAGUUGCAAUAUUUGUUCUUCCACUAAGUAUUUAUUGCUAUCAACGUGAUCGUUCAUGGAAACUUGGUUUAAUUUUAUGUGAUUUAUGGGUAUCAUCAGAUGUUCUUUUAUGUACAUCAAGUAUACUUAAUUUAACUUGUAUUUCUGUCGAUCGAUAUAUGGCUAUAACAAAACCAUUAACAUAUACAGCAUAUAGAUCAAAAUUUCUUGCUCGUGUAAUGAUUCUAUCAGUAUGGAUUGUUUCAGCCGUUAUUACAUGUCCACCUAUAUUUGGUUGGCGAGAUAAAAAUAGACGUCAAACGGUCGAACAAGAAUAUAAGUGCGAUUUAAAUACAGCACGAGGUUAUGUUGUUUAUUCCGCACUUGGUUCAUUUUAUAUUCCAGGUGUUGUUAUGAUAUUUGUUUAUAUACGUAUAUUUAUGGUUGUUUAUGAUCGUGAAAAUUUAAUAAAAAAAUUUCGUGAUAAUCAUAACAGUAAUAAUAAUAAUAAUAAUAAUAAUAAUAAUAAUCCUCGAUCAUCAAAUAUAUCAAUAAAAUCAAAUCCUAAUGGCAUUAUUACUAAUACACAUACUUCGAAUAAUAAAAAUCAAGAACAAAACAUUUCUUCAUGGUGUUGUUUUUGUUUUCGAAGACAAUCACAAGAAAAUUUAUCAUCAAGAACAUCAGUGCCUCAUUAUUUAUAUAAUCAUUGUCCAACAAUUGAACAAAAACAAAACGGUUAUCUUAUUUAUCGUUUUACAAAUAAUAGCAAUCAAAAUCAGAAUCAAAAUAUGAAUGCAAAUAUAUAUACAAAUUCACCUGUACAUACACGACGAUCACGUUCAAAAAUAUCAAUUUUUUCACGCUCACAUAAAAAUUCAACAAAAAAAUUAAGCAAUAUAUCCGAUGAUAUUUAUCAAUAUCGAUGUAAUUAUUUAACAAAUAUUUCUUCUGAAUGUCAAUUUCGUAAAGAUGAUUCAUCAUCUUAUGAGUUAAAAACAUAUGAAAAAUCUUUAUCACCCUUAAAUAAAUGUCGAUCACGUUCAUUUGAACAUUCAACAAUCAGUAAAAUACGUGAUUUAAAUACAGAAUUAAGUCAUAGUCGACAAUUAAAAGCAGCAGCAGCUGUGACUGCUGCUAUUUCAACAACACCAACAACAACAAAUAUCAAAGAUACAAUUAAACAAGAAAAUGAAAUUGAACAAAUAAUAUUAUCAAAUCAAAAAAAUGAUACUGAUCAUUUAUUUGCAUCCACAAACGAAAAUUUAAAUAAAACAAGUCAAUCAUUAAAUGAAUUAACACAAUUAUCAAUAAAACAAAAUCCACAAACAUAUAAAAAACUUAGUAUGCAACAAAUAAGUUCAACACCAUUGCGAACACGAUCAACAACAAAUCCUACCAUAAUGCAAAAAAAUCUUUCAAUUAAUUCAACAUAUCCAUAUUUUACUAGACAAAAACAAUCUUUUCCUGAACCAACACGUAUAAAUCGUCGAAUAAAAUCUUCACGUUUAAUAAAAACUUCAUCAUCACUAUUAUCAAUAGACAAUAUGAAACAACAACAACAACAACAACAACAUCAACAAUAUAGAUUAACAAAUAAUAAUACAUCUAUACAAUCGACAAAAUCUUUUUCUUCAGUAAUACGCCAUUGCAUUAAUCGAAAUAAUAAUUUGAAUGAAAAUAAUCUUGAUCAAAAUUAUUCAUUAUGUUGUUGUUGUUGGUAUUCAUCAUCAAUUAAUGAUAAUUCAUAUGAAAAUAGAACAAAACCAAUAUAUACUGCAACACCAAGUCAUUCAUUAACAAAUGAUGACGAUGAUGAUGAUAAAAUUUCAUCAAAUGAAACAACAAACCGUACACCAAUGUAUACACCAGGUCAAUCAUCAACUAUAACAUGUACAAGUGUACGUAGUAGUAGUACACCAGGUGAUGUUCAUCGUCGAGAGCGUAUUCGUUUUAUGAAAGAACAAAAAACAGCUAAAACAUUAGCCGUUGUCGUCGGUGGUUUUAUUAUACUUUGGUUACCUUUCUUUAUUAUGUAUGUUAUACCACCAGAAAAACGUUCAUUAAAUGUUCAUACAGUAACAUUAAUAACAUGGCUUGGUUAUUUUAAUUCAGUUAUUAAUCCAUUUAUAUAUGCUUAUUGUUCAAAACAAUUUCGUAUGGCUUUUUGGAAUAUAACAUUUGGUGUAUGUAUUAAAAAAUCAUCUGGAUUAUUACCGAUAGCAAAUAAAAAUAAACAAUUACAUCAACGUCGUAUUAAUACAUGA